UGAUGCUGUGCCAAUAUAAUACCUUAUAAGAAAGGUCACCAUUCAGUGUUGCACAACUUGUGGCUGGCCGACACUCGGGAUAUUGCAGCACUUGGAUAAUAAGCCUCAACAAGAAGCAUGGUAAAACUCGUAACAAUACUCCUAGUCGCUAUUCUAUUGCUUGGUCCAGCUUGGUCCAAAGCAAGCGUUUCCUCUAUCAGGUCAAAAAUAGCUCAAGUGGCCAACAAUAAAGUAGGCUCAACACACUGGUCCUAUGCAUCAUCCUGCUGCCAUGGAACAAACACAAACAAAUGUAACUAUUUUGUGUACGACGUAGGAAAAGAAGCAGGAGCCAAAAUGCCAACUCGUUACUUUGGUUUUGGUGGACCCGUUGGUGCAGGAGCAGGCGGUUGGGGAAAAGCCUUAUCACUCAACUACUGGUCCAAGGUGAGCUCGAGACAAGCAGGGGACAUCGUUGCUGGACAUAAAAGUGGAACGUACCAUGUAGGAAUCUACGUUGGCAGUAAUAUGGUUGUGUCAGCCAACAGCCAAAAUAUUGGAAAGAACUCGAAUAUGUUUACACAGGGCUACCAAGAUCUUGUCUAUUGGCGCUACCAAGGCUGAAGCAUGCGCAGAAGCUUCACAUUUCCUGUACUUGAUUUGAUCUAUUCAUAAACAUAAGUUCUAGUUGUAUAAGUAGAAUAUCGUUGAUUUUGUUAGAAGGGGGCUAUAGAUUAACAUUGUACUGGCAAUAUGCAUGAUUGCUGGGUAAAAUUGUAGGUGUGUCACACUGUACGCAUUAAAACGU